AUGUCCCUUAAGAAGGAGUUAGAGAGCCACGACGAUGCUGUCAGAGCAUACGAUGAAGAGGAUUAUGAACAGGCAUUGCGUAUCUUUCAGGCGAUACCUGUCACGUCAAAAUAUCAUUUCAAUAUUGGAUUGAUCUACGCCACUUUGGGGGAACACGAACGUGCUGUUGGUGACAUUCCUCAUCAACAUCGGGAUGUUGAUUCCUUCAAUGCUGCGACCGAACUCGACCCAUAUCUCGCCGUUGCCUACUUUCAGUGCGGUGUCAGCAACUUCCUCUUGGGUCGGUUUGAGUAUGCCCUCAAGGAUUUUGAAGAGGCACACCAAUACUUACGGGGGAACCAGACCAUUAACUAUGAGCAACUGGGACUCAAGUUCAAGUUGUUCUCCGCCGAAGUGAUAUUCAAUCUGGGUCUAUGCAAAAUUUAUCUUGGUCAGCAAGUUGAGGGAAUGUCCGAUUUGCAAAGAGCCUCUCUUGAAAAGGCAAUUCCUGAGCAUAGCGUGAUAGACGAUGCAGUUCGCGAUAAAGGCGCAGACUACACAGUUUUCUCUAUUCCUGUUGGGAUCUUGUAUAGGCCUUCGGCGGUGAAGUUGAAAAAUGCCCAAACCAAGGAUUAUCUUGGAAAGGCAAAACUCAUUUCCGCCACGGACAAAAACGACACCUUCACCACAUUCACAGGUGCUACUCGCCUGAACCGUGGCCAACUGCCGAGCGGGGCGCCUUUGUCCACUCCCGCACCUCCAUCGGGAUUAACCCGAUCAAACACAACCGUGUCCGCGCCCGGGGACUUGGCAAAUGCAGCGAAGUCACGCAAUGAUCUUAGUCCAGGUCGCUCCCCAACCGCCGUGACGCGGUCUUCUGUCCCAUGGAGCAGGCCUGUGGCGGUGCGUGGUGACACCACUCCAACCCCCGUUUCACUGGGAGAUCAGGCUGCAACCAGAGGGCUCUUUAUUCGUCCCCGGAGCGACGGCCCGAGGCCGCCAACGAACGGGGACAGUGAGACUUUCACUCCACCUCCUCUCAGAAACGUACCUCCGCCGAUGACACGUGCAGUGACGGCACUGGUCAUCCCUGGUGCUCGUCAGCAAGCCCCUGAUGUACGCGGGCGGCCAUCCCCACAAUCCGAGACCGAGUCUGAACAGAGUCCAGUGAAACCGGUGGCCAAGGGUUCAACCCAACUCGCAGAUAUUUACGAUGAGUAUUUUGAAGAGGAAGAUCAAGUCCCUCUUUCUCCUUCUCGCAUUGCAGGGUGGGUGAAUAAGACGGCGGCUGUUUUGUCCCCCACACGCACGCGCAGCGGGUCGUCGAAGAAGUCGCCUACCACCGGGUUUGGUGGAAGUGUGGGUAGUCUUAGAAGGACGAUCAAGAGAAAGGGCUCCGCGUUCCUGAAGGGGAGUCGAAGAAGUGCAUAUGAUGAUGAGGAGGAAGGGUAUGUUAGUGGGGAUUAUGAGGAUUCAGAGUAUGCCCAGACAAAACUUCGUGUCAAGAUUCACUAUCAAGAUGACAUACGUGGAAUGAUCCUUACAUCCGAUAUCGGCCUAGUGCAAUUCAAGGACAAGGUAUCCUCCAAAUUCAGUAGACCCUCUUCCUCCAUGGUCUUCAAGUUUUUGGACGAAGAUGGACAUAAAGUUUCGCUCCUUGACGAGAGCGAUUUCGAGAUGGCGAUCGAGACCGUUCGUAAUUCGUCCAGGGGAAAAGCUGAAGGGAAACUUGAAGUCUGGUGUUCGGAUCGUUGA